AUGCUUUAUGAGUCUAUCAACGCACUGGCGCCUUUGGGCUGCCUUAUUGAUGUGGGCCGGAUGGACGUGACUAGCUCCAAGACGAUGGCCUUGGAGCUCUUCCAGAAGAGCGCGGCCUUCACCUCGUUUGAUCUGGGCAUCCUUGUUGACCACGAUGUUGGCCUCGGCUCUGAGCUGAUGCAAACGGUGGAUGAGCAUUACCGCGCUGGACGCAUCGGCCCCAUACGGCCUCACACCGUGUCGAGCAUCUCAAACCUUGACAGAACCCUUCUUGAGCUAUCCAAGGGCAAGCAUACUGGGAAGAUGGUGGUGUCGUAUGAGGACCCAAGUUCUAUGAUCAAGGUUCACCAGCCGGUCUCCCAUGCUUAUUUCGACCCGGGAGCCCGCUAUGUCCUUGUCGGCGGGCUGAGUGGCUUUGGCCGCUCUAUGGUGAGGUGGAUGGUUGGUCGCGGGGCACGAGACAUAAUCGUGUGGUCCAGAAGUGGCGCAACAAACCUCUCUCGAGAAGCUGCCGCUCUGAGUGAUGAGCUGAAGCUGCAAGGUGUCUCUGUCCGGGCCGUCGCCUGCGAUGUCAGCGACCGAGACCAGGUCAUGCGCGCCAUGGGCGAGGCCAGUUCUGGAACAACCGUGCGAGGAGUGUUCAACUUUGCAGUAUCCUACCAGGACGUCUCUUUUGACAAGAUGACGGCGGAAAUGUUCCACCAGGGCAUGGCCGCUAAGGUCCUCGGAACCAGAAACCUCCACGACGCCACGGUCACGAUGGGGCUGAAGCUGGACUUCUUUGUCAUGACCUCGUCUCUUGGCACGAUGUAUGCGUUCCCGACUCAGAGCACCUACUUGGCAGCCAACAACUACAUGGAUUACUUCGCGCGCUACCGUCGGCGUUGCGGGCUGCCGGCGACCACUGUGGCUCUGGGUUUCAUCAACGACGUGGGUUCUCUAACGACGCCGUCACGGUCAAUGUCAUCACCCGAGCCAAGGCUCAGACAAUGCGACCAAGAGCAAUGGCUUGGCCAGCUGCAGGAUCCGCUGUCGGAAGCAAACAUCGUAACCGGCAUAGAUCCGGCUGUGCUAGCGACCGUGAGGAGACAUGAGGCCAAGAAGUCCAAGUCACAGUACCAAGGAUCUGGCUCGACUCCGCGUUGGUAUAAUGAUGCACGCGCGUCCCUGAUGCUACACGCGGUAGAAGACGCACGGAGAGCAAGAGACGGGGCAGCUGGUGGGUUGCGCAACCAGAACAACGCAGCUGACCAGUCCCCAGCCGCGCAGCUUCGACGGCAGUUUGAGACAUCAGUUGCUUCGAUUCGAGGCCGGGCUGGCAUUGACAAGAAUGCCAUGCAACAGACGGUCAGGCUUGUUUCCGAUGCCAUCGUGGCGUCGGUGGCAGCAAUGCUCUUCGUCGACACCUCGGCCGUCAAUGCGAAUAACACGGUGGCCGAUCAGGGCAUCGAUAGCCUGCUUGCGGCUGAGUUCCGAAACUGGCUGCAUGUUUCUUUUGUUAAAAGCAUCAGCAUGUUGGACCUGAUGGAUCCGAGGACUACCAUUAACGCUUUAGCCCAGGGGAUUGUUGCGGAGGCCGUUGGGUCAUAA